CCAGGACAAAUGAAUACAAAUGAAUUUAGGCAUCCGAAGGAGAGAUUGCAGAACCUCUCAUCUAGGCACAAAGAGAGCCCUAUUGCUCUGCACCAUUAUAUAUUGUACUUGUUACUUGGGUCUUACACAAGUCCACCCUGAAGAUGUGGAUAUUCUCCAGAGGUUGGGGCUCAAGGGAGAGAAAUCACGCACGAUACCAGCUGGGGUCAUCCCCUUCAGAUCAGGGAUCAUCCUCAAUCAACGAGCCCACAUUGAGGCUUCACUGCCCUCCAUCUUCUCACCAGCCAUCUGGCCCAAUGUGGCACUGGUCCUGAGCAUCCGCUCACACCGCGUCAACAGUGCCUUCCUCUUUUCAGUGCUUUCAGGCCAAAAGAAGCUUCUUCUCGGUCUACAGCUUUCACCAGGUAAUCUGGUUCUUCACACAGGACCAAACAUCUCUGUGACACUGCCUUAUGAUCCCCAUGAUGGGCAGUGGCACCAGCUGGCAGUGGGGAUUAAUGGACAAAAAGUAACUCUUUAUGCCUCCUGCGGAGAGCAGAGUGUUCAUGCAGACUUGGGGUGGGACAUUAAUGACAGACUGGCUCAUGGGCUGCAGGGUUCUUUCCUCUUGGGGAGGACAAGCCAGCAGCAGGCCUCAGCUCAUUUUGAAGGAGCAAUUUGCCAGUUUGACCUGGUCCCCUCUGCACAGGCAGCUCAUAACUACUGCAGGUACAUUAAGAAACAGUGCAGGGAAGCUGACACUUUCAGGCCUAACCUUUCUCCUUUACUGCCUAUCUUACAACAAGAAUCAAAUGUCACCGCUACUGCUGCAUCUGCUAAAGGUAGUGGCCUGGAGACCUCUAGAAAACCUCCACGACUCAGCCUGGCUCGGAGUGUUGCAGCUGCUGCCUCUGCUGUUAGACUAGUGAGCUCCACACCAACGAUAAAGCCCCUUUCUACACCAAUGCUUGGGACUGUGAUGCCUGUCACAGUGCAGCCGGGGCUUACUAUACCACCUCGCAGGGACAAGACUGAAACAGUUACUGUACCACUCAGGAUCAAAUCACCACCCACAAACCCUCCAACCCCAAAACACUCUCCCUCAAAAACUCCAAAUGAUAAACCAUCAGCACUCCCUCCUGCAAAGUCCACUACUCCAAUUAAUCCAAAAAAGUUGAAAACAUCAGACAAGAAAAAAACUACUGCUCCAAUUAUGACCAGCAUCAAACCAUCAAAGACUUUAUCUAACAAAGAUGUUGUCCCAAAGAAACCACAACCAACUAAGAAGACAUAUCCCCAACCAAAGACGACUCCUGCAAAAGCUACUCCAUCAAAAUCUCCUGUCACAGUUUCUCCAUCCAGACUACCAUUACCCACAGCUAGCUCAUCAAAACCAACAGUCUCCAAAACAUUAACUACUAAACCAGUCACCAAACAGGUCAUCAAGCCAACCCAGCCUAGUAAGACCAAGGCCCCUUUAACUCCCAAACCAUCCAAACCUCCUUACAUUACCAUGACACUACCUGGAACAGAUGGCUUCCAAAGCUGGGAAGUGCCACCCACUCAAUACUCUAUGCUUCCAGGACCUGCCGGACAGAAAGGAGAAGUAGGCCCACAGGGACUGCCAGGACCUCCAGGGAAGCCAGGCCUGCCAGGCAAGAGGGGUCCAAGGGGAGACCCUGGUCCCCAUGGAAACCCAGGCCCACCUGGACCACUGGGGUUGAAGGGUAAAAAAGGAGACCCAGGCAUAUCACCCGGACCAGCGCCUAAAGGAGAAAAAGGGGACUCUGGGAUUAUUGGCCCAGUUGGACUAACUGGCCAAAUUGGACGAAAGGGACAAAAAGGAUACCCUGGUCCACCCGGACUCCCCGGAGAGCCUGGAGAGCAAGGUCCUGUCGGAAGCCCAGGUGCCAAAGGUUAUCCUGGCAGGCAGGGUUUACCAGGGCCUAUAGGACCAAUAGGGCCUAAAGGUGUUCGGGGGUUUAUUGGAAUCCCAGGGCUUUUUGGCCUGCCUGGGCCUGAUGGAGAAAGAGGAAUUCCUGGUGAACCAGGGAAGAGGGGCAAGAUGGGUAGGCCGGGUUUUCCAGGAGAUUUUGGGGAGAGAGGACCACCUGGACCAGAUGGAGAGCCAGGCCAAAUGGGAGCUCAGGGUCCAAUCGGGGUGCCAGGACUUGUUGGGGACAUGGGCCCUGUGGGACAGAUGGGUAUACCAGGGCCUAAUGGAUUGAAGGGGGUACCAGGAAACCCAGGAGAACCAGGACUGAAAGGUGAUAAGGGUGAAGUUGGACUUCCUGGCAUGCAAGGCGAGAUUGGCUACAAAGGAGACAAGGGUAUCCAAGGGGCACCGGGGUUACCAGGCAUCCGUGGAAAACCAGGACCACAGGGCAAAAUUGGAGAGAGAGGUCCUGAUGGUUUACCCGGACCACCAGGCCCAGAGGGUUUCCCUGGUGACAUGGGGCCACCUGGAGAAAAUGGAAUUGAAGGUCCAAAAGGAAAACUAGGAGCCAGAGGUUUACCAGGUCCUAGAGGGGUGCCAGGCUUGAAUGGUGAUGAAGGCCCUCUCGGACCACCGGGCCCAUCAGGGCUUGAGGGCAGACUGGGACGAAAAGGUUUUCCUGGAAAAGUUGGAGAAGAAGGACUUAUGGGAGAGCCGGGUAUCACAGGAAAAGUGGGACCAAUGGGAGAAAGAGGCUUGGUGGGUUUUAUUGGACCUGUUGGAGAACCAGGAUUAGCAGGAGAGAAGGGAGAUCGGGGUGAGAUGGGACAUCCAGGACCACCUGGGGAGAAAGGAUCAACGGGUCACCCCGGGACACCAGGGGAGACUGGGCUUCCAGGUCCACCAGGAAGACCAGGCCCCCCAGGAGGUUCGGGCCCUUGUGGUGCCAGAGGACCAAAAGGCUUACGAGGUGCAUUAGGGGCUGAUGGUCCAACAGGAGAGACGGGAUUAGAGGGCAAGAAGGGCCCUGAUGGGCCUCCUGGAAAAAUAGGCUUUCCUGGGCCACAGGGAAAAAUUGGAGAGCCAGGGGAAGUCGGACCUAAAGGCUUUCACGGAAUACCAGGAUCUUCAGGAGCCUCUGGUGAUAAGGGAAUUCCUGGGGAACCGGGACCACCUGGACCACCAGGGGCUGUGGGACUUCUAGGUGAAAUAGGACACAAGGGUCCUCCUGGCAAAGAAGGUGAACCAGGGCUGCCAGGGGAGCCAGGCGAGAAGGGUGAUAUUGGACCUGUGGGAAAUAUCGGUGAACAAGGACUCAUAGGACCAAGGGGAGAACAUGGUCUUGAAGGAGAGGCUGGCCCAGCGGGCCCUGACGGUGCUAAGGGUGAAAAGGGUGACAUGGGUCAACAGGGUGAGACAGGAGAAAAAGGAGAACCUGGGCUCAAGGGAAAAGAAGGACUUCCGGGCAAUCCUGGACUCACUGGUGUCAGGGGACCUGAAGGAAAACCUGGCAAAAUUGGGGAAAAAGGCAAAACUGGACCAAAGGGUGCUAAAGGUCACCUGGGUCACCUUGGAGAGACUGGGUCACUUGGUAAAAUUGGCCCACCAGGUUUUGUUGGACCUAAAGGAUCAAGAGGCACCACUGGACAUGUGGGGGCACCUGGUCGUAUGGGACAACAGGGGGAACCUGGCAUUGCAGGUUAUGAGGGUCACCAAGGACCACUGGGCCCAGUGGGACCCCCUGGUCCAAAAGGUGAAAAGGGUGAGCAUGGCGAUGACAGCAAGAUUGAAGGUCCUCCUGGUCCACCUGGUGAAAUGGGUUCUCCUGGUGACAGAGGAGAGAGAGGGGAACCAGGGGACCCAGGAUACAAAGGUCUAAUUGGUUUUGAUGGAGAAAGAGGUCGAACAGGAGCUCCUGGAUUACCGGGUCAACCUGGACCUCGAGGGCUACAAGGACCAAAAGGAUCAAAAGGAGCUCAAGGUCAAAAAGGCAAAAAGGGGCAGACUGGACAAAAAGGAACUAGAGGACAAGAGGGCAUAAAUGGUCCUCCUGGUCCCAGAGGUGUGGUUGGCCGUGAGGGGCAAGAAGGUCUGGCUGGGGCAGAUGGUGCUUCUGGAAAGGAUGGGAGUAAAGGGAUGCCGGGGGAGCAUGGAGAUGAUGGGGUGUAUGGUCUUCCUGGCAAAGCUGGAUCACGUGGAAAAUCUGGUGUUAUUGGACUUCCAGGUGAUCAAGGUGCAAUUGGUCCAAAGGGUGAACGUGGACUUAAAGGUCAAAGUGGACCACCGGGAAAGAAAGGGCUUUAUGGUGGAAUGGGACUACCUGGGCCUCAAGGGAAUAAGGGACAAAAGGGACAGCCUGGUGAUACAGGGGAACCAGGUUUUCCAGGAAUUCCAGGAGUGUUUGGACCUAAGGGCCCUCCUGGUGACUUUGGCCCAAAGGGAAUACGAGGACCUAAGGGACCACAGGGUUCAAUGGGUAGUGGAGGAGUGAUUGGCCCUAUGGGAAUUAUCGGUCCCACUGGAAGUGCAGGUCCUAGGGGAGAUAAAGGGAACCGUGGGGAGACUGGCUUACAGGGUCCAAGGGGUUCCCCUGGCCCUCGUGGACCCCCUGGACCUCCAGGCCGUCCAGGAGUCCCUGCAUCCUUUAAAGAAGAUGGUGCGCAGUUUAUGGAUUCACAUGUCCCCCUUAGGACAGAGAGGAAUAAACCAAUGAUGGAUUUGCCAAUGCUUGAUCAGAGUGCAGAGAUCUUUAAGACCCUCCACUACCUCAGUAACCUGAUUCAAAGCCUAAAGAACCCACUUGGUACUCAAGACAACCCUGCCCGCAUCUGUAGGGACCUGCACAGCUGUGAACAGAGGUUAAAUGAUGGCACUUAUUGGAUUGACCCAAACUUGGGCUGCUCAUCAGACACAAUUGAAGUCUCAUGCAACUUUACUGGAGGGGGACAAACUUGCGUCAAACCAGUAACAGUAACAAAGCCAUUAUACAUUGUUGGUCGUGUCCAAAUGAACUUUCUCCACCUGCUGAGCGCAGAGGCAGUGCAACACAUCAUCAUCCACUGCCUGAACUUUUCAGUCUGGGGGUCUGCUGAUGGCCAACCUCCUGAUCUUUGGUCUGUAAAAUUUAAGGCCUGGAGUGGAGAUGUGAUAGAGGCUGGAGGGGAGCUUGAACCUGAAGUAAUUGAAGACUCUUGUUGGAUUAAAGAUGGACGCUGGCACCAGACACAUUUUGUUCUCCACUCGCUGGACCCUGCUCUUCUACCUGUGGUAAACAUCUAUAAUCUACCAAACCCAACUACUGGUGCACAUUACCACCUUGAGGUUGGACCAGUGUGUUUUCUCUGAAGGCGUUUCUAAAAGAGUUACUGUCCCAUGACAUAGUGUGGAGGAGAUUUGUCUCCUCCAAACAGCAGCACUCUCCAAAAGGAGAACAACCUUCCUCCUGACUGCUUCAUUGCUUCAUUGUUCCCACUGGACUGCGAAUAAGAGGAAGCUAAUGGAGUGGAGGAAGAAUGGAUUUUGUAGGUGAGCUUAUAAGGAGUAGGAGACUUCUUGCACUAAUAGCUUCUCCAAAUGGCUAAAGCUCCUAAAGAACGUUGUGUGGCAACUUGGAGAACUACCACACAUUCUCUCUGGAACAUUGCAAAGACAGAGACCUAGUCCAUAAACAUUUUUGGGACUUUUAUAGUUAACUUAUUUUUGUAUGUAUACAGUUGAUAUGUAUUAUUUGGGAUGAAUUUAGUUAAUAAACGUGUUCCUUAUCUUUUUACACAUGUGUAUGUUAUGUGAAAUAUUAUGUAUGUGCAAUAGAAAAAGAAAAGACAAAUUGUUUUAAACAUGUCAUUUAUUUAUCUUUGGUGGAAAUCUUAUUGGAUACCAUCAACAUAAAUAGUAGUUUGUAAAAGCAAAAAUUAACUUCAAUUAAUUCCAUAAUGUGAGAAAAAACAGAAGUAGAAAAGUAAUGUUCACUGCUCAGUGUUGUACAUAGGUCCAUGACUGGAAGCCACUGACAGAUUGAGGAGGUAUUGAUGGGUUUCAGUUUCCUGUUAUAGGUAACAUUUUGAGUUUUUCGCAAUUCAAAAUAUGUGUUCAAUUGUUAAUCAUUGUGGCAAUGAUCCUAACUGUUCAUCAUUCUGAAACUCAUGGAAAGCUGUGGAGAUUUAAUCAAGGCAUUUAAAUCUGAGUUGUAAUGUUUUGAUCUCGUAACUGUGGAGUAACUGGGUAUAAUUUUACUUUAUCAUUAAGUAAAUGAGAUUCAUUUAGUCUUAUUCAUAAAGACAUGUUUUUAAUUAUUUAAGAAACACGGCUCUAUGAAACAAAACCUCUGCCUUCUGUUCUAUCCCCUGCUUAUGUAAGGUGCUACAUAAUCAUUUUUGAGGUGCUAUCUGUUGUGCUGUAAUUACACCACUCUUUGAACCAUUAUUCGUAUAGUGCAUGCUUACUUGGUAUUGACAUGUGAAAGAACAGUAAGUCUUGUUUCAUGCACUAUAUUCAAAAUGAAAUGCUACCGUAGUUCACACUCACUUUAAAAACACUUCAUCAUGUUGUGUAUUUAUAAUAAGUAACAGCAUGUGAGGUAUUUUGGAAAAUAGUAUUCCAUUUUCUGUAUAGAUUUUGCAGCUGUGUAAUAUUUUAUGGGUACACCAAGUAUCAUUUAAUAAUAAAUGCUGAUCUUUUGUAGCUGGACACAUGUAUAUAAUUGUGCAAACAAUGCUGUAUACAGUGAACCCCUGUAAUUUAUGUUAUUUAAUAAUUUGUAACAUGGUUGUUGAAGGAGCUUCUUUCAGAAGUAAUACUACUCUCACAACAUUAUCAGCAUACCCAACAGGUCUUGGAGUUUAUAUUUGUGUAAAUUUUAUGGCUCAAGGGAGCAAAUGUAAUGCAAUUACCUUUUAUUUUUUUAUUUUUUAUAUUUUUGUGUUUGUAAUUGUGUCUUAGAAUAAUGAACCACGUACUGUAAUAGAUUUUUGCUAUCAGAUUGCCUUUUUUUUUUUUUCGAUAGGUUCAGAUGUGUGAAAAUUCUUCUCUGUACAUUUGUAGAAAACAUGCUGAAAAUUCAUACCUCACAUUUGACAUAAAUUGGGAUAACAUCAUGGUCAUUGUAUUUAAAAUAUUUAUGGAACCAACCAAAUAUGGCUCCUGCUGGU